GGAAAGGGAAACGUGAAAAAUCGCGGAACUCACACCCUGCUCCACCCACUAGGGAGUAGGGACUGCACGAGCAACCCUCCUCCCUCUUGUUCGGCGGCUCCCAGUUCGAUCCCUCCUACCUCCCUCCGGCCAGCAGUCCAACUCCGCACGACGAGCACAGGCGGCCCCGCCUCGGCACCGUGUCCCUCUCGCACCGGCGGCGCGGCGCGCGCCUCCGCCGCCUGGGCUGCCCUGCCCGGCUCAACCGAACGAAGUCGUAGCAACUAACAAGGCGGGGGAGCAUGUCGAGCGCGGUAGUGAACGGCCUGGCCGGCGCCGGCGGCGGCAUCAUCGCCCAGAUCAUCACCUACCCCCUACAAACCGUGAACACCCGGCAGCAGACGGAGAGGUCGGCGAAGAAGAGGAAGCCCGGGAGCGGCGCCACCGACAUCUCCACCCUCUUCCAGAUGCUCCAGCUGAUCCAAACGGAAGGAUGGGGUGGGUUGUACAGCGGCCUGAAGCCCUCUCUCAUCGGCACUGCUGCGUCGCAGGGAAUCUAUUACUACUUCUACCAGCUUCUCAAGAAUAAGGUGGAAGAUGUAGCAGUUGCUCGUGGUAAGAAGGGCCUUGGGGAUGGUACUGUUGGGAUGCUCUCCUGGCUUGGUAUUGCAGCUGUUGCUGGGUCAAUCAAUGUUCUUCUUACCAAUCCAAUAUGGGUUCUUGUGACACGGAUGCAGACACAUACACAAGCAGAAAGGAAGAUCUUGGAGUCUAAGAGGGAGCUUUUGCUGAGAGAAGUAUCUAGGGCAAAUUCAUUGGAGGUUUCAAUUCUGAAGGAUAGGUUGGUUAAAUUGGAGUCUGAAAAACCUCGUCCAUAUGGUACACUUCAAGCGAUCGGGGAGGUCUAUCGUGAAUCAGGCAUAAGAGGAUUUUGGAAAGGACUUGUUCCAACAUUAAUCAUGGUAUGUAAUCCAUCAAUUCAGUUUAUGAUCUAUGAAACAUUGGCAAAGCGUCUCCAGUCAAAGCGUUCUGGAAAGCAACUACCUAAAAAGAACCUCACUGCUAUGGAGGUUUUCUUAUUGGGUGCAAUAGCAAAACUGGGAGCUACUGUUGUCACUUAUCCAUUGCUAGUUGUGAAGUCUAGGUUGCAAGCAAAACAAGAAAUUGGCAGGAAUGUGAUGUCCAGAUACACAGGUACAAUAGAUGCGAUAAUAAAGAUGGUGCGCUACGAAGGAUUGCAAGGAUUUUACAAAGGAAUGGGUACAAAGAUUGUACAAAGUGUCUUUGCCGCCUCAGUUCUCUUUAUGGUAAAAGAGGAGUUGGUUAAGUUAGCAGUGCUUUUAGUUGCCAGGAGUAGGACUAUGCUUAUUACUACGUCCAAGAAACCGUAGGUGCAAUCCACGACCAAUUAUUUUUGCUUCAAUUUGUAAUAUAUAUGAUCCCAUUAUUCAUAUCUUGUUCGAAAUCAAUCUUACCCCUUUUUUUUCUUUGCAUCAACUUGUAAAUCUACGGGAUCCCAUUAUCCAUAUCCUGUCCGCUAUCA